UAACUUUUUUGGUUCUAUAGUGAAAAAUCUUGGCACUCAUUUAUAGACGACAUGGCAGUUAAUGUUGUUCUUUUUUUUAAAUGAAUAAGUGACGAAAAUACAGAAAUAUAUGAACGUUACUUUCGGCUUGGCUAUUAUCAAUUCGGUAGAACGAUCGAACAACCAAAAAACCAUGUCAUGUGAACGGGAUGUAACAUUAUGUGGAGCUUCUAGAGCUUCGCGUAGAUUGGAUGAAUCUUAACACGCUCCUCGCCAAUAAACAUCAAAAUUUAACGUGACAGCCCUGAACACGAUUUGAUAGAAAAAUUCACUGCUCUUAACAGCUGUUAUUCUCGCUAAUCCAAUCAAUAAUUCGAUAAAUGAAAUUAUAGACUCGUAUGUUGCAAAUAAUCGUUUGAAAAGUACACAAGUACAUGUGCCAGAAUAACUUUGUACAAUUUUGAGCCAUUUUGAGAGGAAAGACAUGAAUCUUGAUAUUUUCACAGCGCAUGCACUUUCAUGGUUAAACAUGUUAUUAAUAAUAAUUGUUUGUAAACUAUUGUGUAUGUUUAUUGCUUUGCCUAUCUUAUUAAUUACAUGGAGAAAAGUGUAUUCUAAAAAGCGGGCAGAGAGAUUAAGAAAAGAAACAGUAGUAGGCAUCUUUCAUCCGUAUUGUAAUGCUGGUGGUGGUGGUGAAAGAGUACUUUGGGCUGUGAUCAGUGCCAUACAAACCAGAUAUUCCAAUGUACACAUAAUAGUUUAUACAGGAGACCUAGAUGCUGAUUCAGAACAAAUUCUCAAUAAAACAGAGAAAGUAUUUAAUAUUAAAGCUAGACACAAAAUUGAAUUUAUGUACUUACAUAGGCGUAAAUGGGUAGAAGCUUCGAUGUACCCCUAUUUUACGCUUUUAGGACAAAGCUUAGGAUCAGUUUGGUUGGGCAUCGAAGCUUUAAAUAGUUUUGUGCCAGAUAUUUACAUCGACACCAUGGGUUAUGCUUUUACAUAUCCGUUAUUCAGAUAUAUCGGUGGAUGUAGAGUAGCAACAUAUACUCACUACCCAACAAUUUCAACAGAUAUGCUCAGGCAUAUUUACAGAAGAGUUGUUUCGCAUAAUAAUAGACGAGUUAUAGCUAGAAAUCCAUUUUUAUCGGCGGCCAAAAUUGCUUACUAUAAAGUCUUUGCGUUUAUGUAUGGUUGGGUUGGUAGGUGUGCAGAGAUUAUCAUGGUUAAUUCUUCGUGGACCGAAGAGCACAUUAACGCGAUUUGGAAGUGUCCGUUGAAAACUCAUAGAAUUUAUCCGCCGUGCGAUGUAAAGCACUUAACGGAACUACCACUUCUCAGCGACGAUGAAAAAUGUGAUAAGAUUCGUAUAGUUUCGGUUGCACAAUUUCGACCAGAAAAAAAUCACCCGUUAAUGUUGAGAGUAAUAUAUGAACUUAGGUCGCUCGUUAAAGAAGAGAUUUGGGAGAAAAUUCAACUAAUUCUUAUUGGCUCUUGUCGAAAUGCGGACGAUGAAGUGCGUGUAAAAGACAUGCAAGAUUUAUCGAAACACUUUGCACUGGAUAAAAAUGUGGAGUUUAAAUUAAAUAUACCAUACUCCGAGCUUCUCUCGGAACUUCAAAAAGCAACAAUAGGAUUACAUACAAUGUGGAAUGAGCAUUUUGGUAUCAGUAUUGUUGAAUGUAUGGCAGCAGGAUUAAUUGUAGUGGCCCAUGCUUCCGGUGGUCCAAGAACCGAUAUAAUAGAAACACAGCCAGGAUCGGAAAACGGGUUUUUAGCUGAAGACCCUGAGGAAUAUGCAUCAAUUAUAUCACAUAUUAUAUACAUGAGUCCAGAAGUCAGAAAUAAAAUUAGAAUGGCUGCUAGAGCAUCUGUAAGUCGAUUUUCGGAUGAAGUAUUUGAAACGGAAUUCUUACGGACGAUAGAACCGUUUUUUAGACAAAAACAAGAAUGACUGCUUCUUACAAAGAAUUAAUCUCAAAUUAACAAUUUACGAAUAAUAAUGAAUUUUUUUAAUUCAUUUCUCAUGCUACUAUCAAACCACAGAACAAUCAAUUCCAACAAAAAAGUUAAAAAUAUAACUUGAGAUAAUGGAGCAGAGGAACAGACAUUAUAUAAUUUUUAAUGCAUAAUUUAUUUAAAAAAAUAAAUGAAAACACGAAUGUAGCAUACAUAUCAAUAUAUGUACAUAUACUUUUUCUAUUUAAAUAGUACUGAUUACUGUAUCAAACAUACAAUUAUUUAAAUCAUACUUUUGCUUUGAUAAUUACAACCUACACAAUCUAAAGUGUAAGAAGUAUUGUCACCAAUAUCUUCGUUUUCACACAACUUGAAAUGAAAACAAUAACACUUUUAUAGCGGUCUCUGUAUGACGAGUAAGCUCUUGGCUUCCAAGUUUAAUUCUAGAAACAUCCCUUUCUAAGGCCAACAAAAUUAUUAACUAAAAUACACAAAUGGUGUCCAAAAUAUCAUUAGCAGCAUUUACACCUGGUAUUCUUUAUUUCUUUAGUAGAUUUUCUAGUAGUAGUGCAUACUAUGCUGAAAAGUUUGUUGUUGUAACCUAACCUAAAGAAAAUUUUGUUCACGAAAUAAAAAUUUCAUACAUACACCCAAGCUUCCAUCAAUUUGUGCUACAGACGACAUAGCACGAAUUGUAAAAUGUGCACAACCAAGUAUAGAAGAAGAAACACGUACUAUCCCAUGUAAAUGCUUUGACAUAUGGACACCAUUUGUUUUUUCGGAGCUUUCGAACGAAACUGAAACUUGCUCACUUCACAUACUCUAAAUUUUAUGCGUAUCGUAAGCAUUUAACAUGAUUACAUAGUUAAUAACAUCAUCCACGAUUAGACUAAAUACAGACAGCAUCAUGUUGCACAGAUCGCGGUGUAAUUUACGCUGUGCAAGAAAUGUUGUGGUCCCACAACUUGUGGAUUCGAGUCGAAUCAUUCGACUAGCUUACCCCCACCACCAAACUUCUUUGACGAUAGUAGGAACUUAUAUCAAUAAAAAAAUUUAUUAACAAUCAAAUUUACAAUGCACAUGUCUUUUCAUUUUUAUUAUAAAGAAAUUCUGUAUGUUAGAAAUUCAAUUUCCAUAUUUUAUUUUUUAAU